CUGCUGGAAGCGGCUCUUCAUAAUGCGCCCCCUCUCUUCCCGCACAGCUCUGAUUGGGUGGAGAUCCUGGAGCCCCGCUCCCGCGAGCGCAUGUACGUGAAUCUGGCCACCGGCGAGUGCGGCUGGGAUCCUCCCUCGGGCGUUCCUGUCCGGCAGGCCGACGGCAACCAGUGGUGGGAGCUGUUUGACCCCCAAAGCGGCCGCUUCUACUACUACAACUCCACCGGGCGCCGCACCGUCUGGCAUCGGCCGGCCGGCGCCGACAUCGUGCCCCUGUCCCAGCUCCAGGCCAUGAAGCGCUGCAGCGAGGCCAAACGGGCCGGAGGAGGAGGAGGAGGAGGGGGGGGCGCGGAGAAGCACCCCCACGGGACCACGGGGAGCGUGGGCAGCGCGGGGAGCCAGGGGCGCUGCACCCCGCUGCCCGAGCAGGACCCCGACAGCCCCGUGCCCAGAGCCCAGGGGCCCGGCGAGGAGGGCGACGGCCCCGAGCCGGACCCGGCCGCCGCCGGCCCCCCCCAGGGAGACGAGGGCAGCGCAGAGCACAGCACGGACUCUCAGAGGGAUGCAUCCCAAAGAUGGCAGCCUGCACCUGGCUCUAAGGCGGCCAUGCUGGUGAAGGUGAACAGCAUGAGCCGUAGCCAGGCCAGCCCAGCCCCGCAGCAGCACCUCCAGCUCACCUCACACAGCAAAGCCGGCACCUUCACCCUGCUCCCCUCCGGCAGCAAACCACAAGGAGUCCACCUGAGCUCCAGCCAAGGGUAUAAAACGGCGCCCCCGGGCAAAAUGGCCGCCGACUCCCGCCAGGCUCACCAUAUAAGAAAAGCCAGCAACGGCAGCUUUUGCUUGGCGACGGCGGACAGCAGUCACCCCAGUCCGCUCCUCCACAGGUCACAGACCAGCACGCCACGUCCCAUCUCCCCCCAGUACGGGUGCACCGCCCCCAUUUACGACGAGCCCGUCACAGACUAUCCCAUAUACGACGAGCCCCCCACAGAUAUGGAGGUGGAAGGGGCGCAUCUUUCCAACGGACAGUCCCUAUCCCGCUUGACCCCCACCCACAGUCUCCAGAAGCCUCGACACCUGCAGCACCCUGGCCCGCCUCAUCCGUCCAGGCACACGAGGCAUCCCUCGGCCUCCGACUACAGCCCAGCCGGUCUGGAGUGCAUCAAGCACAUGGUCAACGUGGACCCCAAACAGGGGUCCGGCUCCCCGGUGCCCACGCGCGCCCCUUCCCCCACCUGCAGGCAGGACCCUGUCUCGACCCAACCCCAGCCACACCCCCAGCUACAAGUUCACUCUCUGCAAAUGUCUCGAGGCCACCUGAGGGAGCGGGAACCCGGAACCCAGGGCCCCAGCUCACUGGACAAAAAGCAAAACUGGCGGGUCCUCGAGGCCACGGUGCAACGCGCCAUGGACGCACGGCACAGCCGGCAGAGCAGCCAGGCCUCGCAGGACUUUACCUCAUCCACCCCGCAGGCCAUGGCCAACUACCAGGACUCGGGUUACUCCACCGGCCCCUCUCCGAGUCUGAGAAGAAAGAGCCGGAGGAGAGUGGGAGCCGGUGGAGGCCGGCCGGGGUCGGUGGGCAGCAGCGGGGAGCUGUGUGCCCUCAAUGAGCGGCUUAUGGCAGAGAUGAGGGAAGUGGUGAGUCGCUCGAACACCAUGAGGGAAGUGAGAGCGGGGCUGGACCCAGAAAUGGGGGAGCGGGCCGUCGUGCCGCGGACACGCUCCCCCGCAGACUCUCUCAGGUGGUAUGGAGGAAGCGUCGGAGGAUCAACAGGCAGGUGCCCGUCACGGGAAGACCUCACCGGGGCUCCCCGCUCCCUCAAGGGGACUGGUAACUAUGGCAACCCCUCUCUGGCCCCUCUGGAGAUACCGGGGAGGCAGAAAAGGACCUACGAAAAGGUGGACACCUUGGAGAUGAGCAUAAACAGCCAGGCCAGCCUGUCCUCGCCAGAGACCCCAGGACCACCCUCCCAGGUGCUGUUUUGUCAUACGCCAGCUCUGCGCUCAGAUAGGGGAGAGCCAUGCCAGCCCGGAGAGAUUCAGGACAUGGCAUCCCACGGUCAGGAAGGAGGGCCGCUGAGGCCCAUAUCGCCCAGUCUUGGCAGGGCUGUAAGCAGGAGAAGGGGAGGCAGGCUGGUACCAAAGGCUUACUGUACAUAUCUGGGUUACUGGCUGCCUCUGCUGAGGGAGCUGGGGAGCUCCUUAAAGUACAUAAAGUCUACUGGUAGGAUCACAAGGAGGUCUUGUGUGGAGCGUUGGCUUCACAGGGGGAGGGGGGGGGAGGCUGGUGCAGGGGCGGGCACCCUAGAGCUGCAGGCUCAGUUGGAGAGCAGGAAGAAAGGCAUGGUGGAUGGCCGGACCGCUUCGCUGGGCCCUCACCGCCCCGCCAGCCACGAGAGUCGAGACGGGGGCGACGGGGCCGGAGGAAGAGCAGGGUCUGCCUACCAGCUCUCCUAUGCCACCCUGCGGCAGCCCCCUCCCCCCGACAUGGGCAUGGAGGACUGGGCCAGCAAGCACCUCAACAUGCACACGCAGGGGCUGUUCCGCCGCCGCGUUUCCAUCGCCAACAUGCUCUCCUGGAACCGCGGCUCCAUCAAAAAGCCCAUGCUGGUCACCAGCAACCGGGCCGUGCGCAAGGAGGCCUGCGAGAUGUUCAAGCUGGUCCAGGCCUACAUGGGGGACCGGCCCUCCCGGCUGGACCGGCGCCACAGCGCCCUGCUCCUCGUCACCAAGUGCUGGGACAUGCCGGGCCUGCGGGACGAGCUGUACGUGCAGCUGGUCAGGCAGACCACGGGCAACGCCAGCCCCCGGAGCCUGGCGGCCGGGUGGGAGCUGAUGGCCGUCAGCCUGGCCUUCUUUGCCCCCUCGCCCAAGUUCCGCUGCUACCUGGAGGGCUACAUCCAGAGACACACAGAGCCCACCAGCGACAAGAAAUGUGAGUCUGAGACUGAGCUACAGGUGACUCAGUUCAUAUUGGAGCAGCAGGAGCUCAAACUCAAGAAGAAUUCAAAGUCCCGAAAGAAGCGGAAGCAGAACACAGAGGAGGAAGAAGGCCUUCCCAUCAGCACGUAUGCCAAGUUCUGCCACCGGAAGCUGCUCAAGGUGGCUAUCACUGGAGGCAAAAAGGGUCUGCGCAAGCCCACCUUGGAGGAGAUCGACCACAGCAGACGGGCCAUCAUCACCCCCUCCCUGUUCGGCAGCUCUCUGGAGGAGGUGAUGGAGAGGCAGAGCGAGCUCUUCCCAGACAGGAAGCUACCCUGGGUGCAGGUCCAGCUGUCCCAGUAUGUCCUGGCUCUGGGCGGGGCUCAGACGGAGGGCAUCUUCAGAGUACCUGGAGACAUCGACGAAGUGAACGCACUGAAGCUCCAAGUGGACCAGUGGAGGAUUCCAGAGAAUCUGUCCGAUCCCAACGUCCCCGCCUCGCUGAUGAAGCUUUGGUACCGCGAGCUGGAGGAGCCCCUCAUUCCCAUGAACUUCUACACGCAGUGCGUUAGCAACUGCGACGACCCCGUGGCGGCCAUCGCUGUGGUCCAGUCGCUGCCUGAGCUCAGCAGGCUGGUUCUGUGCUACUUCAUCCACUUCCUGCAGGUAUUCGCCCAGCCCUCCAACGUUGCCAUAACCAAGAUGGAUGUGAACAACCUGGCCAUGGUGAUGGCUCCCAACUGCCUCCGGUGCCAGUCCGACGACCCGCGGAUCAUCUUCGAGAACACGCGCAAAGAGAUGUCCUUCCUAAGAAUGCUCAUCGUUCACCUGGACACCAGUUUUGUCGAGGGGGUGGUGUAGUCGCAGAGCACCCAGAUCAGUUGCUUUUUACAAUCCUGCAUAAACACUGUUUCUGUUUAGGCCACACUGGAAGUUGUUGGGUGAGAUAUUACGCCUCCUCCAACACGAGGAGUGUAAAAAUAGCUUGGACUUUUUUCUUUUGUUUUUACUGAGAGAUGAAGCAUAUCACCUUUUGGUUUGACUGUUUUUGAUACUAAGAUCUACAGUUGGCUGCCCUCAAGCUAUACGUCCUUCCUAACGACUGCAUGUGACUACAGGUGAAACCUCUUAUUUCUUAUGCAAGGGGUGUUACUACACAGACAUUUGGGAGACGCCAGGUGAAGGUUUGGCGGACAUAUUCACCUGCACACACAAAAAAGAAAAUCUAAGAUUCAUCAGUGUUGACAUUUUCUCCAAUGUCGUGAUUAUAGUGAGGUGUGUUUGUGUGUGUGAUUGUCAGAGUGUGAACAAAGGACAGCCUUCCUGCAAUAUGUAAAGAAAAUUAGAAGAAAAAAAAGAAAGUAAAAUAAUUAUUUUAAUUGUGACUUUAUUAAUAAACUUGCCUGCGUUGUCUUGAGUAAAUUGUACUGAUGACUGGUUUGCUCAUAUUUCACGUUACGAGACCUGACAACUACAGAGAGUAUGCUCUCUAAGCACAAGCUGGGAGGAUUUACUGAAUCCCCCCCCAGCUUGUGCCCGUGUUGACGGACGAUGCUCAUUUUUCUCAAGCAAAUAAACAAGGGCGUGCUUUGACUUUUCCAAAUUUAAACACUGAAGUCAGACGGAAGUGUUGAUUCUGAUUACAGUUUGUGCUGUAGUGACGUGUGAGGCUUUCUAGUCAACCUAUCAUUUCUUAAUUAUUGGUAAGCAAUAUUUCCUUUCAGUUGGAGUUGUGUUCUCUUUUGAUGGUGGUCUUUAUGUCCUGUUUUGUGUCUCAGGUUUUCUGAUAAAACGGGUGUUGGAUGUAAUAACUGUACACGACGUCUGUCUGAUGAAUAUUUCAUUACUCGAUGGCAAACCCCUGUAGUGAGAACGCCGCGUUGUCCAACUGUCCAGCUGUAUGAGGCUGUAAAUUUAGCUUUUUGUGUCACGUCUCAGGCUAUGCUGUUGUAAAUAGAUAAUAUGUAUAAAAUAGUACUAACUUUCUUCAAUUGUAAUCUAAUGAUCCAGGUUAUGGGGGAAUUUAAACAAUUGCUGUAAUUAAACAUUAAGGUUUUUCUUUUGUAAUAAAACGUUUCUGCUGUAACCGCUUGCCUUUUGAACAUAGGAAUGAUUGAAACCACUUUCCACAUACCUGCGCGUAUGUGUUUGCUAACCGUCUUGUCAUAAAAUGGAAUGGCUGUCCAUGAAUAAAGAUUUCUUCCAUUGUUUACUGUCUGAAUCUCUUUGUAAUGUGAAAACAACACAAAAAUAAAGCCGUUCUUAAGUUGCACAUCAAAUAGAAAUUAACUUAUGCAGC